UGUGGGGUCAGCUGUACCAUGUCUGAAUGGAGGUUACCUGGUAGGGCUGUGUCGGACAAUUUCACACUUGGAUUGGGAGACUGGAGUCGCCAAAAAACUGCAUGAAGUUAAUCCAAAAGGCUUUAACGACCGAUUCAACGACGGCAAAUGCGACCCUGCUGGGAGGUUCUGGACAGGAACUAUGGGUGGCCAGAUCGACGAAACGCCUCUCUUCGAGCCGAACGUUGGUAGUCUUUACAGCCUUGACAUCAAUGUUCAGUAUAAUGUUCUAUACUGACACAGGUACCAGGAAGGUGGAGGCAUUCACGUAUGACGUCACUUCCGGCGAAAUUAGUGAUAGACGGGAUGCCGUAAAUUUCAACAAUUUCCCGGAUAAAGAUGCAAUGGGUUGGCCAGAUGGGAUGACAAUUGACACAGAUGAUCCCGUUACAGGUACAAAGCUAAGAGAAGUAAACAUCCCUGCACCAAGAACAACGUCCUGUUGUUUUGGAGGAAAACAUAUGGACGAGCUAUAUGUCACUACUGCGACGUUGCGAGCUCUAGAAGACGAAUUAAACAAAUAUCCCUUAUGUGGAUCAGUAUUCAAAGUCACGGAACUUGGGGUUAAAGGUUACCCUGCCGCCAACGUUUACCGGAGUAUUGCCACGAGUGGACUGUAAUCUUGGAGAUGUCUUCUUCGUUAUGUAACCAUACGAAUGCGUACUUACUUUGAUAAUCAUAUUAAUCACACAUGUCAAGCAUAAUCAUCAUAUAUGUACUGUUGCAAAUACAUGAGAAAUAAUA